AGCAGUCUUGGAAUGCGUUUUGUGCAGGGACACUGCAAACACCGCUACACGCGACUGCCGCCGUGAGCCCUGGCAAUAUCGUUCUACACGGAUAUGAAGUUGCCGAGUCAUGCUGAUGUCGAAAUCAUGCAGGGAACGUCGGGUGAAAUGCCUGAAGCAGGAGACAGCGCAUAGUCUCGGCGUAGAGGGAGCGCUCGGACGGAGCAGGCCACGGCAAUUACCGGCUAUCUAAGCAGGGACUUUGAACUUAGAGCGACAGGACGCCGGGAAUCGGACGUGAAUAUAACGGCACCCUGCUGUAUCAGCGCCGAUCUCGCCGCGCAGAAAGACGGCGUGGGAACCCCGUCUGCAUGUUUUUCACGUUGACAGCUGCGUUGGCUUAAGCCGGGGGAAAGUCGUUCACGACGCACGAGCGCGUUUGACAAACAUACUUGCUGGGCGAAAUAUUGGUGUCCGGAUCGCGAUCUCGUUUCAGGUUGAUGGUCCUCCAUUCGGAUCUGCAGACGUCUUGUCCUGUGGCUGGAGGUCAGUUUUCAUAACCUGUGACUCUCACCACAUGUGAGGAGGUACCACAGAGGAUGCUGGGAAGAGCCCCCGGUCUGAUGGAAGUCUUUUAAAAAAGACUCUGCUGAUGUGCCUCGCUGCAAUAAAGUCGGGUUUUCUUGAGUAUAAAAACCCACCAGCUUUAUCAUUGGUCUAGGGAAGAAUCUUCAGGCUUUUCUGCUCCAAGUACAGGGGGUCACUGGGUCUGGAGCCCCUUCACCCAUGUGCCACCUUUUGUCCUUGUCCUAUGGUUUCUCCGUUUGGUCCGGCAGAUGUGUGCAAAAUGUGCGCUGGGCUCUCAGGUGUGAACUGAGCUGGUCUUCUGAAGCGGGGUGAGGUACACAACCUGCUCGGACCUCAUCUCCAAAGAACACCCCCCAAUCAAAUCCCGCCACAGUGAUCAGGGCUUAAACAAGCGGCCUACUUCCUAGCCCGCCCUGACCUGCCUCAGAGCCAAACCGAUUUCUCUGUGUCAGCUUCCUACUCCUUCUUAUCUAACCACACUGAGGACUGUGGAGGUACAAAGGGGAGGAUGAUAUGUAUGAGGAAGAAGAAGCCCACCAAGGACAAGGACUUCUCGGCCAUCGCCGUCCCGUCCAUGAGGGGCGAAGGCUACCUGGACUACAGAGUGGAGAGCCACCCCUCGCAGGCCCUGCAGAUCAUGGAGGAGCUCCGACACCACGGCCUGCUGUGCGACCUGGUCUUGCACGUCACCUACAAAGGCUCCUGCGUGGACUUCAAGGUCCACAAGGUGGUCCUGGCCUCAUGCAGCCCCUACUUCAAGGCCAUGUUCACCAAUGACUUCAGGGAGUCGCAUGCCUCUGAGGUGACCCUGCCGGACGUGUGCCCCCAAGUGGUGGGCCGGCUGAUCGACUUCGCCUACACGUCGCGCGUGACGGUGGGGAAGGCCUGCGUGCUGCACCUGCUACUGGCCGCCAUGCGCUACCAGAUGGCGGACGUGGAGCGGGCCUGCUGCGACUUCCUGGCCAAGAACCUGGAGCCUGCCAACGUCAUCGGCAUCGGCCGCUUCUCGGAGGAGAUCGGCUGCAGCGAGCUCCACCUGCUCAGCCGGCAGUACAUCAACACGCAUUUUAACGAGGUGACCAAAGAGGAGGAGUUUUUCAGUCUGUCACACUGUCAGCUCCUGAAUCUGAUCAGUCAGGACAGCCUGAAGGUGCUGUGUGAGUCGGAAGUCUACAAGGCCUGCAUCGCGUGGGUGCGCUGGGACGUGGAGGGCCGCGCUCAGUAUUUCCACGCCCUGCUGGACGCCGUGCACAUCUACGCGCUGCCGCCACGCUUCCUGAAGCACCAGCUGCAGUCCUGCCCCGUGCUUAGCAAGGCCGACUCCUGCCGCGACUUCCUGUCCCGGAUCUUCCAGGAGAUGGUGCUACGCAAGCCGCAGCCGCUGCCCCCAGUGCGGGGGCCCCAGCUCAUCUACGUGGUGGGCGGGUACCGGCAGCAGUCGCUGGGGUCCUUGGAGGCCCUGGACCCUCACUCCGGCUCCUGGCUGCAGCUGGCCGGCAUGAGCGCCCCCAGCAGCGGCCUGGGGGCCUGCGCGCUCUUCGGCCUGCUCUACGCCGUGGGCGGCCGCAACCUGCCGCAGCAGGAAGGCGCCGAGUUGGGCUCGCUCAGCUGCUACAACCCCAUGACCAAUCAGUGGACGGAGCACAGCCCCAUGCAGACCCCCCGUAACCGCGUGGGCGUGGCGGUCAUCGACGGCAGCAUCUACGCCGUGGGGGGGGCCCAUGGCUCCACACACCACAACACUGUGGAGAAGUACGACCCCGAGACGAACCGCUGGGCGUUUGUGGCCCCGAUGUCGGUGGCGCGACUCGGGGCAGGCGUGGCGGCGUGCGGCGACGUGCUGUAUGUGGUCGGCGGCUUCGACGGCGAGAACCGCUGGAGGACGGCGGAACGCUACUACCCGGAGACCAACUUCUGGCAGCCCGUGGCGGCCAUGGCGACCGAGCGCAGUGGCCUUGGGCUGGUGUGCCUGGAUGACCACCUGUUCGCGGUGGGGGGGUACGACGGCAGGAUGCAGCUGCAGUCAGUGGAGCGCUACAGCAUCGCGCGGGAUGUGUGGCAACCCGCAGCUCCCAUGAUGCACUGCCGUAGCGCCCAUGGCGUCGCUGUGCACCAGGGCCGGAUCUAUGUGCUGGGUGGUUUCAACCAGGGAGGGUUCCUGUCCAGCGUUGAGUGCUACUGCCCAGAUCGCGACGAGUGGACAUACGUGACGGACAUGCCCACGGGGCGCAGCGGAAUGGGAGUGGCCGUUACCAUGGAGCCCUGCCCCGGCAACCUACCAGAAGAAGAGGAAGUGGUGGAUGGGUGACCAAAAAGAAAAACAUGUUCUCAGAUAAAGGACUAACCCUCCUGACCAGGGAAACGACUGAGCUCCUAUGAAGACACUCUGAUAAACAACACACUGGUGCUACGCCAUCAAGCUGCACUUGCUCAUUUCCUGCAGUCCAAAAGUUUAUUUUUGCAGAGUUUUUAAGACAUAAUAUAUAACCUCAAGGUAGUAACUUAUUUUUAUUUACAAAAUAUCAACAAGUCAAUAAUAGUUGUUUGAUGUCCUCAAAACCAUUUGCAGUGAAAAUCCGACGGCUGUCCAGUGGAUACACCUGAACUUUGGGGGUGACAAUUACUGCAGUUAUGGACACAGCACACUUACUAUGUUUAUUUGUAUAUUUACUCUGGGGGGGAAAAGAAAAACUGAAGUAAAAAUUUCUCAAGUCGUGGAAAUUAAUUCAGACUUGUUUUAAAUGCUGGAUACCUUUGUAAAGACACAGGAAAGUCUUGGUAAGCUUCUUUUAACUGAUUUACCCGCAGAGCCUGAUGCUUUAUUUUUAUUUUUAUUUACCUAUUUAUGAUUUUUUUUAUUGCAGAAAUUCACAUUAAGUACCUUGCUCAAGGGUACUACAUCAGAACAACUCCUAUGGUCUUAACUAAACUGCAGGUCUGGUGUCCGUAACCAUCAUGCCAUGGAAUAAGCCCCCCCCCCCCGAUUUUCAGUUCGUUGCCUUAGAAUUUGAAGUGAAAGUCAUUGUCCUCUGCAUUUAACCCAUAUGUGACGUAGGAGUGGGCAGCUAUUAUGUAGGAGCUGGGGAGUAGUACCUUGCUGGUCAGGGAUUUGAACCAACAACCUUUCAAGCACAAGCACAUGACUUUAACCAUUACGCAACCAUUCCACCUUACAGGGCUGACUACAAUGUUGCGCACUUUGUAUGUACAAUCCAUCAAGACAGCUGCUUGCUUUACACACUGCACAUCACGCACCCAAGAACCCGUAACUAUGAAAAAGCACUCCAUUUUGUCUUGUGCAAUCGCUUAAAUUCUUUAUGAGACUAAAACAUUCAAUGGUGCGCUGAUUACAAUUACAACCAUGUUUUUUGCCAUGGUGUGUGAACGCGAGGUGGAUAUUUAGAGUAGCAUGAUGGCUCAGUGGGUUUAAUGUUUUGCCUUGUACCUAUGGAGCUGAGGGUUUGAAUCCCGUCUCUCUCUUGAGUGGGGAGUUUUCAUUUUCUCCUGGUGCAUUCCAGCUUCCUUGAGUUUCCUCCUGAAGGGGAAUUGGUGUCUCUAUAUUGCCUGUAGUGUCUGGGUGUGUGAAUUUCUUUGCGUCAGGAAGGACUGGCAUCCUGUCUCCCCCGUGCUGAGUAGGAUAAGUUCUAGCUUGGAUGGAUAAACAUUUAAUUAUUUUAGCUGCGUGUUUGUUUGCCACCACUAGAUGGUGCUCGAUUGCUAUAAUUUCUUUAGACGCACCCUUGCCGAAAUUCAUAAUGAAGAGGUUCAGCUAAUUAAGAUAAUUUCAUUCACCAUUGCAAUGCCUCUUGUUUCAACGGUGAUAGUAUAUCAGUGUUUUGAUAACCAUUUCAGCACCUUCACAAGGGAUUGUUUUUCAUGCCUGACGACAUCUGAUCCCCUUGUCUAAUUUUGAUAGUGUGCCAAGUUAGUCAUUGUUUUCCUCUGUAGUAACAUGUUUCCCCCCCCCCCCCCACUAGUACUAAGUUACUCUCAGCAGUUGAUAACUCUCUGCCUCCAUUUUUAAAAUAGGCAAUGAGUAGCACUUUUGGUUUGGUGAUGUCAGGCAGUCUGGCUGAGGCACCAGUUAAUCCACCCCCUGGUGAAUCUUGUGUGUCCCCCGGAGAAAUUUCUGGAUAUGGAGUGAUCGGUCACGCCCUCCAUGUGACUCUAAACAAGCAAGCUGCGAACUCCAGCGCCUGGUGCAGCAGAAAGGUGUUCUGUGAUAUUUCUACAAAUCAUUCUUCGGAAGGAUCACCACGAGUACGACGCUCAGACGUGCUCCUUAAUAAUCCGCAAAAGUAACAGCAGUAUGUUUUCCUAAUUCUUGUACUUGCAAAUAUCCUUGAAAAGAUCCCUAGAUUCUCCUAAAUAAAUGUAUUCAGCUAUAGAAUCGA